AUGUCAAUACUAUGUGUGGUUCCAAAGAAGCUCAUCAAAUGCUUUAUGAUGCUCAAUGCCAUAUGGAUCAUCUUGUCAACAGUUAUCCCAAACUUAUCGAAAAAUGACCUCUUCAAGGCCCAGAUUCCUUCCGAAACUCUAAACCGGAACCAAUUGAUAAACUCCAACAUAUAUUAUGUCAUUGCCCACCCUGAUGAUGAAGUGAUGUUUUUUGCUCCUUCGAUUAUCGAACUUGGUAAGAAGAAACACAACAACACACUAGGUUUAAUCUGUUUUAGUAACGGAAAUGCUGAUGGCCUAGGUGAAGUCAGGGCUAGCGAAUUGGUAGAAAGUGCGAGAAUUUUUGGCAUUGAUGAAAGUAAUGUGCAUCAGAUUAUUGAUGAAGAAAAUUUCAUGGACUCGAUGAAUACUACCUGGGAAAGUUCAAAAAUAAGUAAAAAAUUAAGCAAAAUCAUUACCAAAGAUCCAAACGCCGCGAUAAAUUUAAUUACUUUUGAUGAAGCUGGUGUAUCUGACCAUCCAAAUCAUAAAUCCUUGUAUUAUGGCUGCAAAGAAUAUUUGGAGUCGUCUGGAUCAUCGGCAAACCUCUUUAAACUCAAUUCCUUGAGUUUUUUCGAAAAAUACUCAUUUACUCUCGUUACCAGUAAAAUCUUGAUUGCUAAAUAUUUCAAGGUUUUGCAAAAUAUUCUAGAAAAAUCUGAUUUUGUGAUCCCUAUAGCUUUACUGGAUGACAAAUCCUCCUCUCCUGAAGUCCUUAGAUUCUUUUCAGACUUGCCUAGUGCAAUUUUGACUGUAGGGGCUAUGUCAUUUGCACAUGCUUCUCAGAUGGUUUGGUUUAGAUGGGGGUGGUUGUUGUUUAGCAGGUUUGGUAAUUUUAACGAAUUGAUCAAGGUCCAAUAA